AAGCUGAUUGGCAUUGUUAUAAGUUAGAAUGGCAGCAAGCACUUUCAGAGACAUUCGAGUCAAGCAAGGAGUUCCCAGUGACGAAGAAUUAGAGUGGCUUUCGCACCAACUCGAAAAUUGGGAGGAACUCGGGCGUCGUCUCAAAAUUGAGCAGGCAACAUUAACGGCGUUUGACGAUGACUAUGGGAGAAAGCGUAAAAAAAUCUACAAAAUGUUACAACAUUGGAAACAGAAGGAUGGCUCAGAUGCAACAUACAUGGUCCUACAUGAUGCACUGUGUCAUCAGUUUGUUAAUCGCGCAGAUUUAGCUGAGAAACUUUGCCGUCAAUAG